GAGGAAGAAAAUAGACAAAAAAGAGAGGAGCACCUAAGGCAACGAAUUAGAGAAUUGAAAGAAGAGGAACAAUCAUAUUCAAAAAUUAAUAUGACAAAUAUCAAUGCGAAUUGGUUAUAUUUAAUGAGAGAAAGCAAACUAAAGGAGUUAAAAGACUCAAUUCAAAUCCAAGCUCAAGACCACGACCGAUUGGUUGAUAGAAAAAAUGCAACCAUCCAAUUAAUGUACAGAGAAUUAGACGAGUCUGAAGAGCAAUACAGAUCUGCUUUGAGGACUCAUAUGCAACACAUAGAGGAACUUCUUCAAUUACAAGAUCAAAGGUUGACAAUAUUGCAUCAAGAGUUUAACAAUGAUCUGUAUCUAUUAAAAAAGGAAUAUGAAGAGGAAACGCAAGAAUUAAGACAAAAACACAAGCAGGAAAUGCAAGAAUGGGAGGAAAUAACAAAAGAAAUGGAAAAGAGGGAAGAAAAAACCAACGAAACAAUGGAACUCGAUUUUGCUCAAACAAAGGAAAAGAUAAAAAAUAGAUAUCAGGAAGAAUUGAUCCAAAUGGUUGGUAAUAUGAAUGACAAGAUUGAGGAGUAUAGAAAAAUUACAAAGCAGGAAAACAACGACCACUACGAAUCAAUGAAUCAAAAAUAUAAGGAUUAUAUUAUUUUAAGAGAAAGAGAUAGUAGUUACAUUGAAAUUAUCAAAACUCAGACUUAUCAAAUUAAAAUGAAGGAAGAGGCCCUUGCCCAUUGGAAAGCUAAAUGGUUAAACAAUUUAAGAGAAUGUGAAGAAAGAAAUAAUAAGCUCAUUAAAGAAAAAGACCAACUUGCUCAACACUUUAAAGAAUUGAAAAAGAAAAUGAAUUCAUUCAGAGAAUCAGAGAAGAAGAGGUUAACAGAACUUGUCAAAAUGAGUACAGAAACAAAAGAAGCUCUUAAAGAAAAGCUCGAAAAAGCUUCAAGAAUACUCAAAUUGUCGGAAGUCAAUAGGAGAUACGAAACGGAAAGAGAGAGAUUACUUCCUUUCGAAAGUGAUAUGGAAAACCAUGUUGGUUUAGUUUCAGUCGCAGAGUCAUCCAUUGAGGAGUCUAAUGUCGAUGUUGAUGAAAAGAACUUUUCUGAAUCUGAGUGGCAACAACUGAAUAGAUUUUACAAAAGAUACAAUAAGGUGUUGCUGGAUAAUCUUGCCCUUGAUCAAGAGAAGGAGCACCUGGUUGACCAAAACAAAAAGCUCAGAGACAUGCUUAAACAAUAUCUUGAUGGUAUUUCAGUUAAUGAAGAUGUCCUUAACAAUAGAAACCCUCUGUUGAUUGUG